GGCGUCCCUCAACCGCUUCUCCGCCUUCACCCCCUCCGCGUACCCCCGGGGACGACUCCGGGCAAGCUUCCUCACCACCGCCCCUCGUUUUGUUUCUCUCGCUUGCGUGUGCGGUGAACUCGGCGUGUGGUGCCUACGCCGCCGUUGCGUUUCAGCUCUUCGCCGGCGGCCCCGGGCGCGAAACCCCGCCGCUCCUUUGCAUCUCCUCUCCCGGUGAAGUAAAAAGAGACCUCGUCCCAAAAUGGGCUGCACGCUGAGCGCCGAGGACAAGGCGGCGGUGGAGAGGAGCAAGAUGAUCGACAGGAACCUGCGGGAGGAUGGCGAGAAGGCGGCCAGAGAGGUCAAGUUGCUCCUCUUAGGAGCUGGUGAAUCAGGAAAAAGCACAAUUGUCAAACAAAUGAAGAUUAUCCAUGAAGCUGGUUAUUCAGAAGAAGAAUGUAAACAGUACAAAGCUGUUGUCUACAGUAACACCAUUCAGUCCAUUAUUGCUAUCAUUAGAGCAAUGGGGAGGUUGAAGAUAGACUUUGGUGAUGCAACCAGGGCUGAUGAUGCUCGUCAGCUCUUUGUGUUAGCUGGGGCAGCAGAAGAAGGAUUUAUGACAACAGAGCUUGCUGGAGUUAUCAAGAGACUGUGGAAAGACAGUGGAGUUCAAGCUUGUUUCAACAGAUCCAGAGAAUACCAGCUUAAUGACUCUGCUGCAUACUACCUGAAUGACUUGGACAGGAUAGCACAAACCAGCUACAUUCCAACCCAACAGGACGUUCUCAGAACUAGAGUGAAAACUACAGGAAUAGUGGAAACUCACUUUACUUUCAAAGACCUUCAUUUUAAAAUGUUUGAUGUCGGAGGCCAAAGAUCAGAGCGGAAGAAGUGGAUUCAUUGUUUUGAGGGUGUUACAGCAAUUAUUUUUUGUGUGGCAUUAAGUGAUUAUGACUUGGUCUUGGCUGAAGAUGAGGAAAUGAAUCGGAUGCAUGAAAGCAUGAAAUUAUUUGACAGUAUCUGCAACAACAAAUGGUUCACAGACACUUCUAUUAUUCUCUUCCUGAACAAGAAAGAUCUUUUUGAAGAAAAAGUCAAAAGGAGUCCUUUAACUAUUUGCUACCCUGAAUAUGCAGGUUCAAACACUUACGAAGAAGCAGCUGCUUACAUUCAGUGUCAGUUUGAAGAUCUGAACAAGAGAAAAGACACAAAGGAAAUCUACACUCACUUCACAUGUGCCACAGACACAAAAAACGUGCAGUUUGUUUUUGAUGCUGUAACUGAUGUCAUUAUUAAAAAUAACCUUAAAGACUGUGGCCUCUUCUGAGAACAGAGAAGAGGUUGUUAAAUGGUUUGGAGAACGACUUCGCACAAUUCUAAUCGAUUCCUUUCAAGAUGAAAGAAGUAAAAAACACAUUGUGCUGAAUGAUAGAUCAGUACUGUACUUGCCUGUUUUAACAGCUUUAUUUAUGUUUGUCUUGUAAAUUUAAGUAAUUAGUUAACACUGAGAUGUCAGCUGAUUGUAUGUAAACUUGUAGUAAUGUAUUUGUAUAAACGUUGAACGAAA